AGCUGCUCCUGGGAGUGGAGGGGCCACGUUGGCGGUGAAGGGCCAGACGAGCGGGGCCUGGCCGGGAGGAAAGGAGCGGCUCCAGGUCCCCGCUGCUGGUUUGCCAAAAUUGAGGAAGCUUGGGAACACACGCACCGUGUGAUCUGUGCAAAGCAUAACCAUGGGCCUGGAAGCCCCAGUGCCACCGAAGACUGAAGAGACUCCAGUGAGAGUGGCUCUGCGUGUUAGGCCACUUCUGCCCAAAGAGCUGCUCCAUGGACAUCAGAGCUGUCUGGAAGUGGAACCAGAAGAAAAGCGGGUCAUCCUGGGUCGAAAUCGGUCCUUUGAUUUUGAUGUGGUGUUUGCAGAAGCUUCGGGUCAGGAAAUGGUGUACCUGACUUGUGUGCAGCCCCUCCUUGGUGCUUUCUUUGAGGGUUUCAAUGUUACUGUAUUUGCCUAUGGUCAAACUGGCUCAGGGAAGACAUAUACCAUAGGGGAGGCGAGUAUUGCUUCCCUUCAUGAGGAUGAACAGGGCAUCAUUCCCCGGGCUAUGGCAGAAGCCUUCAAGCUCAUUGAUGAGAAUGACCUGCUAGAUUACACUGUGCGGGUGUCCUACCUGGAGGUGUACAAGGAGGAGUUCCGAGACCUGCUGGAGGUUGGAACAGCCAGCAGAGAUAUCCAACUACGAGAAGAUGACAAAGGAAAUGUUGUGCUGUGUGGUGUGAAGGAGGUAGAAGUGGAAGGUCUGGAUGAGGUGCUGAGCCUGUUAGAAGUGGGCAAUGCAGCUCGGCACACGGGGGCCACUCACAUCAAUCGUCUGUCCAGCCGUUCCCACACUGUCUUCACAGUGACCAUGGAGCAGCGCCGAGGAACUGGCCGCCUGCCUCGCCUUCCCUCCAUGGGUCCCAUCUCUGGCCAGCUUCUCUCCUCCAAGUUCCACUUUGUGGACCUAGCAGGUUCUGAGAGGGUCCUGAAAACAGGCAACACUGGAGAGAGGCUGAAGGAGAGUAUUCAAAUCAAUAGCAGCCUGCUGGCCCUGGGCAAUGUCAUCAGUGCCCUGGGGGACCCUCACCGCAAGGGCAGCCAUAUCCCCUAUCGGGACUCUAAGAUCACCAGGAUCUUGAAAGACUCUUUGGGUGGAAAUGCCAAGACUGUGAUGAUCGCCUGUAUCAGCCCUUCUUCUUCAGAUUUUGAUGAGACCCUCAAUACCCUCAACUAUGCCAAUCGGGCCCAGAACAUCCGCAAUUGUGCCAGGAUCAACUGCCGGCGGGAACCAGAGCAUGUGGAGGAGCUGCACCUGCAGAUCCGAAGUCUCCAAAAGGCCCUAGAGCAGCGGCACCGCUCAGAAACGCGCAUCAUCCACAGGCCUGAACCAGUGCCGCGCCAGCCUCGAGCUCCAGAAUCAUCUUCCCGCCUUGUGGCAGAGUGUGCCCGCUACCGGGCUUGCACCGAUUCAGCCUACCACCUCUUUCUGGAGCUUCAGGGAGAAGAAGCGUUGUCUGAAGAGAUGAGCCAGAAGAUUCGGGAAUGGCUUUGUACUGUGGAGGGUGAACGCAGUUCCUUGAGCUCUUCUUCAGGACCUGACAGCGGCAUCGAGAGCUCCUCAGUCAAUGACCCGUGUCCCCGGGUCCCUGGGACAAAACCAUCUAAGGCUCAGGAACAUGAAGGAGGUGGGGAUCAGCAGCGGUUGCUAAGCCUACAGAGCCAAGUGGCACGCCUGGAGGAGGAGAACAAAGACUUUCUGGCUGCCUUGGAAGAUGCCAUGGAACAGUACAAGCUACAGAGUGACCGGCUUCGAGAACAGCAAGAUGAGAUCGUAAAGCUUCAGUUACGGCUUGAAAUGACCAGGCCUGGCUGGGGACCCUCAGAAUUACUGCAGAGCCUUUCUUUGGGGGACCAUUACCUUCGGCCCCAUACUGCCCCUCUGGAGGCAGCUCGCUCUCAUGCCCUUGGCAUGUCUCCAACCCCCUUAAUUCCUGGAAAUGAGAAUGAGAGCACUCAAAAAGAAGAGCUGAUUAACAAAAAGGAAAAUGGGGAUGAGGAACUGGAAAUAGUAAAGCUUGGAAGUCAUUCCUCUUCACCCUCAGAGGAAGAAGAAGAAGAAGGAGAGCCUAAGAGGUCCUUGCAUCUUCGAAGAAAAGCCAUUGGGAACUGGAACAAGAAGGAAGCCAUCCAGUGCCAUGGAGAACCUCACAGUGAGAAUAAAGGCUUGGAACUUAACCUAGAGGAUCUAGAGACUUCAGCCCAUAUAACCAGAGCAACUGGUAGGAAAAAGGAGCCAUCUGGUUGUGGACAAAGCCUCUCUGUCAGGGCCUCUGAGUGGCGUCUGGCACAGGCCCAGCAGAAGAUCCGGGAGUUGGCCAUUAACAUUCGUAUGAAGGAAGAACUAAUUGGAGAGCUUGUCCGAACAGGGAAGGCAGCCCAGGCCAUGAAUCGGCAGCAUUGCCAGCGGAUUGGAGAGCUAGAACGAGAAGCUGACCAGGUGCGGGCAGAGCUGAAUGAGGGCCAGAGGCAGCUUCGGGAGCUGGAGGGAAAGGAACCCCAGGAUCCUGGAGAGAGAUCCCGGCUGCAGGAAUUUCGCAAGAGGGUUGCCGUUGCCCAAAACCAAGUACAGGUCCUAAAGGAGAAAAAGCAAGCCACAGAGCGACUGGUGUCACUGUCAGCUCAGAGUGAGAAGCGACUACGAGAACUGGAGAGGAAUGUGCAACUCAUGCGUCAGCAACAAGGGCAGCUGCAGAAGCGGCUUCGGGAAGAGACAGAGCAGAAGAGACGUCUGGAGACAGAGAUGCACAAGAGGCAGCACCGGGUCAAGGAGUUGGAGCUCAAGCAUGAACGGCAGCAAAAGGUCCUGAAAAUCAAGACAGAAGAGAUUGCAGCCUUCCAGAGGAAGAGAAGGAGUGGCAGCAAUGGCUCUGUGAUCAGUUUGGAGCAGCAGCAGAAGAUUGAGGAACAAAAAAAGUGGCUGGACCUAGAAAUGGAGAAGAUUCUGGAACAGCGGAGGGCUCUGGAAGAGCUAGAGGAGGAACUGCGCAAGCGGGAGACUAUUCUGGCUAAGAAGGAAGCUCUGAUGCUGGAGAAAACGGGGCUGGAGAGCAAGAGACUUCGAUCUAGUCAGGCACUAAAUGAAGACAUUGUGCGAGUAUCAAGUCGAUUGGAGCAUUUAGAAAAAGAACUGUCUGAGAAAAGUGGGCAGCUCCGUCAGGGCAGUGCCCACAGCCAGCAACAGAUUCGUGUAGAGAUUGACAACCUACGACAGGAAAAGGACUUGCUGCUCAAACAGCGACUAGAGAUUGAUAGUAAACUGAGGCAGGGCAAUCUGCUGUCCCCAGAGGAGGAAAGAACUCUAUUUCAGUUGGAUGAGGCUAUUGAAGCUCUGGACGCAGCCAUUGAAUAUAAGAAUGAAGCCAUCACAUGCCGUCAACGGGUACUACGAGCCUCAGCCACCAUGUUGUCUCAGUGUGAGAUGAACCUCAUGGCCAAACUCAGCUACCUUUCUUCCUCAGAGACCCGGGCUUUGCUAUGCAAGUAUUUUGACAAGGUGGUAACACUUCGGGAAGAACAGCACCAGCAGCACAUCGCCUUCUCAGAACUAGAAAUGCAAUUAGAGGAACAGCAGAGAUUGGUGUGUUGGCUGGAGGUAGCAGUGGAACGACAACGACUGGAGAUGGACCGCCAGCUAACCCUGCAGCAGAAAGAACAUGAACAGAAUAUUCAACUCUUGCUCCAGCAGAGCCGAGAGCACCUGGGCGAAGGACUUGUGGGUAGCAAGAGGCAAUAUGAGAACAGGAUCCAAUCUCUGGAGAAAGAACUAGGCCGAUACAUGUGGACAAAUCAGGAACUGAAGCAGAGGCUUAAUAACUUGAAUUCCACAGGACAGAGCAAAGGAGGGGAGAAGCGGAUUGUGUGCAUUGAGAACAGACCAUCCUUUGUUACUGGAAUAGAAGAAGAGACUGGCACAGCUUCUGAGCAGUUCUGGCAGGCAUCACUUAAUGAGGGAACUCCUAAAGCCAGGGAAGAGAUCCGAGACUUAGUGCAUGCACCAUUACCAUUGACGUGGAAACGCUCAUCCUUGUCAAAUGAUGAGCAGGGGUGCUUAGAGGAGCUCAGGCAGAGAGACGGAUCUGAAUCCCUGUUUGGAAGGAUAUUGCCUAUGGGUGAACCACUUCUGCCUCGGAACCUGAGCCACUUGCCCAAGUCAAGACGAGAGUUACGAAGAUCCAGCCAAGGAAUGAUUGAUGUUAGGAAAAACCCAAUAUAGACUAAAAUCCUAGGGCCUGCCUCAGAGGUUGAGAUCUAGGUAUGAAAAGUGUUGCAGAGAACUAUGUUAUUAGAUGAUCAAUCAAUUCAUAGUCUGCUGAAGGAUGCUAAUGUUCAAAGGAACACAUUUAUCGGAAGCUGAUACCAGCCUGUGAUUUUGGUGAUCUGUAAUAUAUACAGCCGGGACUGGGGAUUUUGUAAAUGUAUUUUAAAAGCAUGUUUAUUAUCAUUUUGUAAUAAAUAAGCUUUAAGGCGAGUUUUAAGAACCAAGAAA